AUGGCAAAAGUAUGUCCUAUUAAUAGCUCAGAGCAGAUGCUUCUACUGCUUAUGCACAGGGUCGUUACUACUCGCAGGUCCUCCAACCUAAUUAACCCUAUGUGUCUGAAGUUCCAUGGCACACAUGACCAAAAGAUGCUAUCACCUGGUUCCGCAUUGUUUAAACAAACCCAACUGGGAGAGGUUUUUUCAUAG